CAAAGAGACGGGGAAGAGGAAUGUUGAGAGAAGGCUGGUUUUGUGUACACACACGCACUCACAAGAGUGCACUGCCAACGCGUGGCUUUUGUUACUUGCAAGGAGUUGUGUGCAAAGACCCUACAGCAAGCUAUAUGAUCUUUGGUUGUGUGUGUGAGAGGUGGCGAGUUCCGCUCAUUGUGUUGGGUUUUGCAAAGACCAUCGAGCAUUGUCGUGGAACUCGCCACAUCUUGCAGACAGCAGGGGUGGCGACGGGCUAAUCGCACCCCACCGCGUCUGAGCAGGAGAAGGGGCCGCUUUCCCCUCCCUCUUCCCAUCCACCGUCGUCGGCCCCCGGUAGUGCUCCACGCCUGGCUUCCACGAAAUGUAACCUUCUGCUGAAAUUGCAACCUACUCGCUGGAGAGCCACCACACAGACGGUUAAGCCGCUGCCUUGGUACCCGCUACACACCGAGUCAGGAGUGAAACCUUGCCGAGGAUGACGCGCAGUAGUCGUGUGAAUUGGAAGGAGAUUCCUGCCUGCUCUCCAGUUCUCUAAUUUAACCCUCUCCCUAUAUACCUUUCCAGGUCAAAAACCGAUUCUCCGCCUCCUUCCCCAACCUCACUCCGCUUGGCAGCAAUCCGUACAAAGAAGGAAAGCAUCUAAUCUGACAACGCCACAUUUCGGGAAACUCUUUGGGUAGUCUGAAAUAUUAAAUGACUCUUUGAGGAGGUGGUGUCACCGGAUCGGGCAGCGAUGACUGAGGUGGAACCUGUGCUGGACUUUGCCACGUCGGGGCGGACGGGCCGAAGGAACGCUUUGCCUGACAUCCUGGGCUCGCCAGCAGGGGUCAGUCCGUCAGAACUUCCCAUGAAACUGGCAGAGUUAUCCAUCAAUGCAGAAGGAGCAGAGGGAAGUCAGACACCAUCGACAGAGGUGCCGCCCGAAUCAGCAGAGAGUCCGGAGCUGAAAGAUGCGUCAUAACAUGCUGGAAAGAGACGUUUACACUAAAGACAAAGUGUUAAUAAAGCUUUAAAUGAGUGAGCUGAAUGCUGUCAGGAUUCCUUGAAGCUACAUGCCAAGUUCAUCUGUGAGGACAACGCAGCAGUGGGUGGCAACAAUGUACAGAACUGAACAAAAUAAAUAAUUCAAUGGUACAUCUUGGAAAGGAAGCUGGAAGAUGAUCAAGAGGGAAAUGAAGUCAAGAACUUAAUCUUCAAGCCGAACUUUUAAAGAACUGUCACUUGGAUUAAGGCCCAGGGAGUAAUUGGCAAAUGGUGUUUCAAUUUAAUUGCUACCUGUCAGUCACUUAGUGCUCCAGAGAUUUUUUUUUUCACUUCUCGGUGUAAAUCCUUGCAAAUCUGUCAAAGCAGUAAAGAUAUGCACACAACUACUGCGACGUGUAUGAACACCUGGUUUUCAAAUCAUUCAAUCCAAUGUAUGUAGCUUUUUCAGAGUAAGCUGUGAAAACAAAUCCUUUAAAAUAAUUUUCAUCCGAUGUCAAAGAAAAAUCCAUUUUGUAUGCCUGUACCUGAGGUAGCUUGAACAUUUUCUGAAGUGUUCUGUUUUCGAGCUAUUGUGGAGCAAAAUGUUACUCGUGUGAAUGUCUUCUAUCAGCUGUUGCGAAGAAAAACCAUCCAGAUCGAAAUCAAUACCUAAUUUUGCCCCUUCUGCAAAUGUUGUUAUUUGUUAACUAAAUACUGCAGUGUACAGGGGGGUCUCUGGGUUACGAAUGCCCUGACUUACGAACAAUCCGACCUUGCGCAUAUUCUCCCAUACAUUUCUAAAGCACAUAAAGCUAGCAACAAGAAAAAAAUAAAACAUUUCAUGAUAUUCUUUGCUGACUGGAUAUUGUCUAUCUAUUCGAUUAGUUUAAUGAUGGGUAACGUCAGGCUGAUUACUCAAUGACAUUGAGGAAUGAGAGCAACAAUGUAGAUAGCUGUAGAGAAUGGGACGUUACUGAAGAAGUUUACAGUUUCAAGAGAACAGUUCUCAGGAAAGGAGCCCGUGCGAAUCCCAGGCACUGCCUGAAUUUAACUCAUUCAUCCACUAUCCAUUUCUUAAGUCUCUAUGCCAUCACACCACCUUAUUCCUAAACAGCUCUGCUUUCCUUGAACGAUGAUUAAAACCAUUUUCCUGCUCAGUUUCUUUGAUCCAAUAGUUCGUUCGAAGCUUGUAACACAAUGGAAAUAUUAGCAGCGAUGUUAGUAUUCAAAAUCAGUGGCAAAUUAUUGAUUCGGACACGUGAGCUUUGUUUAUUUGUACGAGAAAAAUAUAUUAAAGUUGGUUUAAUAUCAAAAUCAUAAUGUAUGAAUCUUGUUUGAGCUGAGAGUUAUACUCCAACAGAGUGUUUUAUUGGCAGUGAUAGAUUUAAUUAAACCUUAAUUGUACGUAAUUCACUUGCCUCUAACAGUUGUCAAUCUGCUAAGAAUUACUUUGAAACUGUGCAGCUUCACAAAUACAGUGAACUGCGCUAAAACUCACUCAUCCGAUUUAACAUUGCAGAAUUUUCGGACAUUUUAUGAAGCAAGCUGGAACAGAAAGCGUCAUGAUAUUUAGUUGCAAAUAUCAAAACAGUAACAUGUAAGGGAAGUAUCCUAACCAAGUAUAUCCAGAAUAAGCAAAAUACAAAGUGUUGGAGGUAUACAACAUGCUUGCUAACGUCUACUGAGGGGGAUAGUUUUGGGUUGGGACCCUUCUUCAGUCUGAAAUGCCAUCUACCCAUUCCCUUCCACAGAUACUGCCAGAUCUGCAGAGUUCCUGCAGCAGAUAGACACAACAUACUGGAGUAACUCAGCGGGUCAGGCAGCAUCUCUAGAGAAAAGGAAUUGUUGACGUUUUGGGUCGGAAUCCUUCUUCAGACGGUUCCGAUCCGAAACAUCACCUAUCCCUUUUCUCCAUAGGUACUGCCUGACCCGCUGAGUUACUCCAGCAUUUUGUGUCUAUCUUUGGUGUAAACCAACAACUGUCCUUCCUACACAAGUUCCUCCAUCACUUUGUUUAUUGCUCAAGUUCCCAGCAUAUGCAAUUUCUUGUGUCUCCAUAUUAAUGUCUUGCAUAUAUUGUAAUGGAAGUUUUGAACUUGUAUCAAAUUAUUAAAGGAUCUUUGCUUUGUUAUACCUAAGAGGAGUAAUGCCUUAAAAUAGGCAAACACUUCUUUGUAUUGGAGAUUUAAUUGUGGAUGUAAAUGUAAUACUUUAUGGAUGAUGUGAAGAGAAUAUAAUCAUUCUGCUCACACAAAGUAGUUUGCGCUACAUAGUCAUUGCCUUCCACAACAUCAUCUCUGUACAAUGUGAAUUGAGUAGGUUAUGCCUAUCAUAAUGAGACCUGAUAGGGUAACACAGUCUGUCUUAAGUACCGCCAAUGCUUCUGUGUAAUUGAAUUAAUAUUUUUUUUAGUGUACAAACUGUAAAUUAAUUUUAAAACAGCAUAUAACUUCAAUUAUGACACCGGAUUGAUGCUGUGAUAUGUUGUACAAGGCAUAUCUGGACUGUUGUGAUUUUGUACGCAAAAGUGAGUGAGUGGGAAUAUUUAAAUUGUUUAAAAGGUAUAAGCGCAGCAUAUUUACACAAAGCAACGUUGAACUUGCAAGUACGUUCAUGUUGGAAUUUACUGAAUCUGUAUUUAUAUUCAUUGUAAAUGUACUUUCAAGGUUCACAGGCUUGCCAA